AUGACAAAGAAAGAACUUAUCUUGAAUAUUUUAACUGGUGGUCAUACUUUAGUCUGGAGAAAUCCCGCUGAUGAAUCAAGAAAUUUUACAAAUAGUAUUGAUUCAUGGGUUAAAUUUGCUAAAUUAGCAGAAAGAGGUAAAAUUCAUAGUGUUUUCAUUGCAGACCAUUUAACAUUUUUCGAUUCAUGGAAAGGUCCUGGAAAUUUUAAAGAUCCUGCUAGAGCUGGUGUUCAUGCUCCAAGAAUUGAUCCUGCUGCUACCAUUACGGCAAUGUCAAGUGUUACUGAAAAUAUUGGUUUUGGGAUAACUUUCAGUACAGUGAGUGAACAUCCUUAUCAUUUUGCAAGACGUUUGGCUUCGUUAGACUUGUUGACUAAUGGAAGAGUUGGUUGGAAUAUUGUUUCUAGUUAUUUGGAAAGUAUUGGACCUAAUUUAUUAAAUGGUGAGCCGUUUCCUGAACAUGAUGAAAGAUACAUCAAGACAGAUGAAUACGUUGAAGUUGUUUUAAAACUUUUGCUUUCUUCUUGGAGAGAAGAUGCAGUUAAAUAUGAUAAAGAAAAUGGAAUAUUUGCAGACCCGGAUCUUAUCAGGAAGAUUAAUCAUAAAGGUAAAUAUUUUAGUGUUGAAGGACCUGGUAUUACAGAACCAACACCACAAGGUUUUCCUGUGAUAUUCCAAGCCGGAACUUCAAAUAAAGGUAAACAAUUGGCUGCAAGACUUGCUGAGGUGGUAUUUGUUGAUGCUAGAAAUAAUGACGUACUUGCUAAUGAUAUCAAAGAAAUCAGAUCAUUGGCUAAGACUUAUGGAAGAGAUCCUUAUUCAAUCAAAUUUGUUGCGAGUGCUACCCCAAUUAUAGCUGCCACACAUGAAGAAGCUGUCCAAAAGGUUGAAUCUAGGAAAGCAUUUUCAGUUCCAAAUUCUGGAGAGAUUGGAUUCAGUGGUAUAUCAGGUAUUGAUUUGAGUAAAUUUAAAGAUGAUGAAGAAGUGAUUUAUACCGGUUCAAAUGGUCUUCAAACAAUUACUUCCAAUAUUAUUAAAAAAGCUAAGAAAAACAAUCCUACCAAGGCUGAAGUACUAAAGCAUUAUACUAAGAAAAAUGGUAAUCUAGUAGGUAGUCCACAAGAAGUUGCUGAUGAAUUAGAAAAAUGGGUUGAAGAUUUUGAUAUAGAUGGAUUCAAUUUUAGUAUUUCAGAGUUCCCAGGUGGAAUUGAGGAUAUAGUAGAUUUAUUAGUCCCAGAGUUACAAAAAAGAGGUUUAUUUCAUACUGAAUAUUCAGGCUCAACUUUUAGGGAAAGUUUGAAUGAAGGUAAAGGUUCUGUACAUCUAAGAGAAGAUCAUCCAGCACAUAAAUCCAGAUGGACUUCGGAUCUAUCAAAAGAACAGUUCGAAAGCCAAAUCAAAUGA